GCUUUAUCUGGUCGACCUCGUUGUAUCCAGCUAUCGCUUUGUUGGCAUCGGCUUUGGGCCUUAAUUCACGUCGUGCUUUAUGCCUGGCACUAAGACGUGAAUUUGGCUUAUCUCUAAUCUGAAAACGAUCGAUUUUUAGUGGUUCCGCAACAAGUCAUGAAGGUACCCCGUCAUACUAACCACCGACGGUGAAACUACCCCCCUUCGUGACUACUCAUAUUCGAUAGCUUUUGGCGCUUUCUUUGCCUACUAGGUGACAAAAUGAGUUUUCUCGAUUCCGUUCUUUCGUCUAUCGAGACGGGUAAACCGUCUCCAAUCCCCCCCACCUCUGCCUCACCGUCGCCUCCUGUAACCUCUUCAAAUGCUAAGACCGAGGUCCGCAAACCGGUUAACGUCUCUCGAGAUGGCGCUUCAGAGCGCAAACCUCUGGUUUCUGGAAUCAAGCGAAAGGCCGAGGAGCAGCUAGCUCGUCCUGCAAAAUCUGUUACUCCAGCACCUACCAGGGCAGCAGCAACAUCAUCAACAACCAAUACCACUGCCACGGCGAAGUCUACCGUAUCUACAGCUCCUAGACCUCGUCCGAGCGCGCCUUCUACAACAGCGACCACUGCAGUCAAGAGCCGCUCUUCAACCCCCCAGCAGAAGGCGCCUCCAGUGUCAUCGAAGCCUCCCCCUAAAGGCUCCUUUGCGGAUCUCAUGGCCAAGGCUAAAGCACUACAAGAGAAGGCCCCGACUCAAGUUGGCAUGUUCAAACACCAAUCUGCCCCCAAGGAGAAGCUCAGCAAAGUCGAACGCAAGAAGAAGGCAGUGGAGGCGCAGACCAAGGACAAAGAUGUGCGGUCGGCCAAGAAGGCAGGCGUUACUGCUGGUGGAGCUGCAGGCACGAAAUCCGGUGACGGCAAGGUCGUCAGGAAGAGGGAACCCGAGCCAUUAUCCUACAAAGGAACCGCAAGACCGCCUCCGUCUACAGGCCAGCCCGAAUACCGAGGAACCGCCGGUCUGCCACCACGCAAAACACUUGGCGACCGGAAAGCACAGUCUCGUUCCAAGCCUCGGAUGGAUGAAUACCUGGGGACUGAUGAGGAAGACGAGGGUGAUUAUGCCGAUGACUACGACGACUACUAUUCAGAAUCCUCCGAUAUGGAGGCGGGCUUGUACGAUGUGGAGGAAGAGGAGGCUGCUGCACUGGCGGCCGCCCGACGAGAAGAUGAGGAGGAAUGGCGCGCAGAGCUUGCCGCCAAGCAGCAGAAACUGGAGCGUCGCAAGAAGCUCGCUUCGUUGGCAUCGCGACGAUAAGAAGAAGUCUUUUGCUUCCACGAUACACCUACCUAAUCAAGCUUUUGCUAGCCCUGCAAGCCGACUUACCCGGACUUCCACAAUUUUCUUGGAUUUUCCCUUCUGUUUUCAUUGUUUUCUUGUUUGGAUACGGAGCAUCAGCGAGGAAUACCCCGAGGGUGCGUUACAUACGACGUUACUGGUCUUCUUUGUUUUCAUUUGUUCAUUUCUGUACCAAUUUUGGAUGAGCAUCAGCGAGCGUCAAGGUGUCGAUAGAUGGAGGGCGAUUAUCUUCAUUUUCACUUCACAUAUUAACAUUGCUAGUUACAUACAAUAGCGGGCGUGUCUGUUACUGUCACUGUUCUCGUGGUAGCAUUGAAUGCGAUUGGAUAGCUGCAUAUAUUGACCACUCUCAUCGUCAUUGCUGGUAAUAUGAUUAAUAUAUAGUAAGGAUUGAGCAAAGCAAUCAAGACCGGAUUCUUAUCGAG